AUGGCUCGCAGUUACCACAACAAAGCACCGCUGGGAACUCACUAUCGGACGGCAACAGGUCCUCGAACCGUCCCAUUAACCGACCCAAACGGAGUGAACCUGCCAAGGCCGAUCGAUAUCGGAGAUGCCAACGUUUUUUCAAGAGAUGACAAUUUGGUCAUUUUUGUUCCUAGCUCCCGAAACUGGGAAGACGAGGAAGCUGACGACCCUGAUGCGCCAUGGCGGCAGGAUGCCGAGGGUUAUGCUUGCUUGAAAACCUCAUUUGCUUAUGAUGUAAUUGGUCAAGAGCAUCCAGCGAUAGUCCCGGUGCUUGGUCAAGACGCUUGGACAGGUCUUCCUAUUCUUCGAAAGCCGACAUAUGGCUCACUUUGGAAUUUCCUUGAAGAAUACGAGGAAAAGGUUUACAGUGCUCAAGCUGGAGCCACAUGGCCCAACACUCGCAUCAAGCCAGAGUUCCUACCCCUAGCCUACCAGUGGAGUCUGCAGAUGCUGUCAGCCCUUGUGCUGAUGCAUUCUCACAAUAUAGCUUAUGGAGAAAUCAUCGAGUCGAGCUGCUGGUUAUCCGCAGAGUCCCUGGACAUGUCACUAGCAGGAUUCUAUGGCUCAGAAUUCCAUGAUCCAUCAACCGGCUGGAACUGCCCUGGGUGGUUCUUCACCAGCAACGAGUUUUCACCAAAGUCACUCCCGCCAUCUAGGAGUGUACGUAAGCCAACACUUAAAACCGACAUGUUUAUGUUUGGUAGACUGGUGUACUGUAUCAUGACAUCUUAUAUGCCAGGCGAGGGAAUGGGCCGAGAAGGAGGAGAAACCGCACGAUUGUUGAGAGAUGAGGACUGGAUGCCUGAUCUCGAGGAUGAGUUUCUGGGGAGCAUUCUUCAUAAAUGCUGGCGGUUCGACUAUGACAACAUUGAAGAGUUGCAAAGCGAAGUUGGAGCUCUUAUUGAAUCUCACGGAUGGUUAAUUGUGGAGGAUAAAUUGGAGGGGUUGGAUAUAGAGCGUAUCAAGACGCUGCUUGGAGGUGGUCUUACUGAAAGUGAGCACUGA